UCUCUCUCUCUCUCUUGAUGCCGACGUCCUUUCGGCGUUAUCUGUGGCAGACUGGCAGGGCUCCAACAUCGUUUUCAGAUCUGUGGCUAGGGCUCUAAAUCUUUAUCCACUUCGCACUCUCUCUAUUAGAGUUGGAUCUAAAGAUACUUCGCAUUGUUUUCAGAUCUGUGUUGCCUCAAACCCUAGUUGCCUUGCAGCAACUUCUGGAAUAGUGAAACCUUGGAACUCGCCUUCUGCUAAAAUGGAGACGUGCCACUGGAUACAAGAAGAAGGUGUGGAGAAAGAAGCUAAAUGGCUGAUGUUUUCUUGUGGAAGGAUAAGAAGCUAUCAGGAGCAUUGCAGCAGCUCAUCUCAAGAGAAACAAAUCCCCUCCAAAGUCAAGGAUGGUGUCAGCGAGUCUCAAUUCAACCAAGUCUUGAACAUUGAAUUGGAUCAAAUCAUUGAGACUAACCAGGCAGUGAGAAUGUCAGCUACUUUCUAUAUUACAGGAUGGCUAGCAAUCUAUUUCUCUGAGGGAGCAUGGUCACUUGACAUAGGAAGGUUUUUAACUGGAUAUCGAAUUGGAGUUUUCUCUUAUGUGGUCCCAAUAUUUAUAGCAGAAAUUGCGCCAAAAAUCUCCAUGGAGGGCUUACAACACUAAAUCAGGAACAAUUAUAAGUUGGAGGACACUUAGGGCCUGCUUUGGUUGCUCUUUACAAUCCACUUCAACUUGCAGCUUCAGCCUUUUUAUCAAGAGUUUUCCUUGGAUACCCUAUUUAUUUGGGAAGUUGCCAGACUUAUGAAGGUGGUAUAUCUGGGGAACCGGGUUCUGAAGCUCAUGGUGGAUACUGAGUUUGCCAAAGCAUGGAGACAACAACUCAAAGAAGCCUGAAAAAAAAAAAAAAAAAAGCUAAAGUUUCCUAGGCAUAAGCUGGUAUACACUUACUUGGGUGCUGCAAUUCUUUAUCAUCGAUCCUGAACUAGUACAUAGGUAGUGCCACAAUCUUUAUGUAUGAAGAAAUUCUAAUCAAUGUGCCACAAUGGGCUUUAGUUAUUUAUUUCGCUGAUGUGAGGUUGUAAUUGUUGGUUGGUUUAGUUAUAAUGGAUUUGAUAUUGUAGUUUAACUUCAGAUGCAUGUAUAAUAGUUUUCAUUUUUGAAUGUUC